GCCUGCCUUGCAGGGAGCGGGAUGCUCCUCCCGGCCGGAAGCUCCUCCUCAUCCCGGGUGUGUGUGUGUAAGGGGUGGAGUGAGAAGAGUGCGGUGGCCGCUGGCAGCCCCGGGUGCAGGGAGUUGGGUGGCGGUUCCCUGAGCAGCAUGGCGUGAAGGCGGGUGCUGCCCGGGCUUUGAGCUGGUGGCGCGCCGCGGAAGGGGAGAGCGCACAGAGAGAGAGAGAGCGCAGAAAGAGAUGGCCGCGGCGAUGGCGCGGGGGCUUCAGCUCCUGCUGCUUCUCGCUGUUGGGGCUCAAGCUAAGAUAUCGUUCACCAAGGAGCCCUAUUCCCAAGACGUUUUGCAUGGCCGCAGUGCCAUCUUGCGCUGCGAAGUGCAGGAACCCAGUGACAUCGAGUUUGAGUGGCUGCAGAAUGGGGUCCCUGUUCAAGAUAAUGAACGCCGUUUCAAGGAAGGGAGCAACCUUCAGUUCACCUCCGUGGAUCGGCAGCAAGAUGGUGGGAAUUUCCAGUGCGUGGCCAGGAAUACGGUGACUGGAGAAGAAGCUCGGACAACAAAUGCGUCUUUCAACAUAAAGUGGAUCGAAACAGGAGGCAUUGUCUUGAAGAACCCAGCCAGUGUGGAGGAUAUACAGAGUUCUGCUCCAGUGACAUUACGUUGCCAUAUUGAUGGACAUCCACGCCCAACAAGUCAGUGGUUCCGGGAUGGCACACAGAUUGUAGACGAUCGUACCAACUACUCGGUCAGCAACAAGGAACGGACGUUGACUCUCAAGAGUGCCAGCCCCGAUGACAAUGGGAUCUAUUAUUGUUGUGCUCGAAAUGCUGUGGCCUUUGUGUGCAGCAGUAAUAACUUCACUCUCAACAUAAUAGACGAAAGCUUCCCCAGCCCAGUGAUUGUUCCUGAGAACCAAAUCGUCAACAAGAACGAGGAGGCCAUGUUCCAUUGCAAGUUUGAAGCGGUGCCACCUCCCACUCAAGAAUGGUUAUUUGAAGACUCGCCUGUUAACAAUCAGAGCAGGAUUUUGGUGUUUUCCAAUGGCUCUAUACUAAUAACUCAGGUGAAACGACGCAGUGCUGGAGUCUACAAAUGUGUUGGUCGUGGACAGAGGGGGAAACCUGUUAUCUUAGAAGCUACCCUUCAGAUUGCAGAAAUUGAAGAUUUCCCCCACCCAUUCGAGCCAAAGACUUUCAUAGCCAACAAAGAGCACCGCGUGACCUGCGUGGCCCCUCGAGGGGUUCCUGAACCUCACAUCUGGUGGGAGCGGAACAAUGCUCAGAUCCCCACCACUGGCAGGGUCCGCCAGGAAGCUCAGGACCUCGUCUUCACUAGCAUUGGAGAAAAGGAUGCUGGAUUGUAUACCUGCCAUGCUGUGAACAAAGCGGGAGAAAAAAAGCAAGAUCUGACCAUCACAGUAGCCACAAUGCCAAAAUGGGUGGAAAAGCCCAAGGAGAGUUAUCUAGAAGAGGGUAAGCCAGGCUACCUGCAUUGCCUUAGCAAAGCCUCCUUGAAGCCCACCGUCUCUUGGUUUCGCAAUGGCUUCCCUAUUUCAGAGGAUUCUCGCUUUGAAAUUGCUGAGAAUGGGACACUACGCAUUAACAAUGUGGACGUAUACGAUGGAACGAUGUUCAAGUGCGUGAGCAGCACUCCAGCUGGCAGCAUUGAGGAGCAGGCCCGCGUACAUGUUCUAGAGAAGCUGAAGUUUACUCCUCCUCCUCAACCUCUGCAAUGUGUUGAAUUCGAUAAAGAAGCCACCGUAUCCUGCUCAGCCAGAGGCCGAGAAAAGCCCACAAUUCAGUGGAUUAAAACUGAUGGGAGCAGCCUGCCAAACUGGGUCCGUCACACUGCUGGAAACCUGCAGUUUCAGAAAGUGUCAAGGAGUGAUGCUGGAAACUACACUUGCAUUGCUUCCAAUGGCCCACAGGGAGAAAUCAGAGCCACGGUUCAUCUCACAGUGGCAGUUUUCAUAAGCUUUAAGCUGAAGCCAGAUGACACCACGGUGUACCCAGGACACACAGCUCUAUUCCAGUGCCAAGCAGAGGGUGACCCAUUGCCACAAAUUCAGUGGAAAGGGAAGGACAGAAUUCUGGAACCUGACAAAUUUUUGCCCAGGAUCCAAAUUAUGUCCAAUGGCUCUUUAGUAAUAUAUGAUGUCACCACGGAGGAUUCUGGCAAGUAUACAUGCAUUGCUGGCAACAGUUGCAACAUCAAGCAUCAUGAGGCCUUUCUUCAUGUUGUCGACAAACCAAUGACAGAACGGGGAGAUGCACCCAAUAGCCACACUCCCUAUAAAAUGAUCCAGACCAUAGGAUUAUCGGUGGGGGCUGCAGUAGCAUACAUUAUAAUCGUGCUGGGCCUCAUGUUCUACUGCAAGAAGAGAAGGAAAGCAAAAAGAUUGAAAAAGCAGCCAGAGGGUGAGGAACCAGAAAUGGAGUGCCUGAACGGGGGAACUCUGUUGCAAAACGGGCAGACCACGGCUGAGAUCCAGGAGGAAGUGGCUCUGACGAACCUCGGCAGCAGCGCUGCCGUCAACAAGAGGCACAGCACUGGGGACAAGAUGCACUUCCCCCGCUCUAACCUGCAGACAAUCACUCCUUUGGGGAAAGGGAAGUUUGGAGAAGUCUUCCUAGCCAAGGCCAAAGGCAUUGAAGACAAUGAAACUGAAGUGCUUGUUCUGGUUAAGAGCCUUCAAACGAGAGAUGAACAACUACAACUGGACUUCAGACGGGAGUUUGAGAUGUUUGGCAAACUGAACCACAGCAACGUGGUGCGACUGCUCGGUCUAUGCCGGGAAGCAGAGCCUCACUAUAUGAUUCUGGAAUAUGUGGAUCUGGGAGACCUGAAACAGUUCCUGAGGAUUUCCAGGACUAAAGAUGAGAAGCUCAAAUCUCAACCCAUCAGCACAAAACAAAAGGUGUCCUUCUGCUGCCAGGUGGCCCUGGCGAUGGAGCAUCUCUCCAACAACCGAUUUGUACACAAAGACUUGGCCGCUCGGAACUGUCUCGUCAGCGCACAAAGGCAGGUGAAGGUGUCAAGCCUGAGCCUUAGCAAGGAUGUUUACAAUAGCGAAUACUAUCACUACCAUCAAGCUUGGAUCCCGCUCCGCUGGAUGCCCCCUGAAGCGGUCUUGGAUGACGAGUUCUCCACCAAGUCUGAUGUUUGGUCCUUCGGGGUCGUCAUGUGGGAGAUAUUCACGCUGGGGGAAAUGCCCUAUUCCAAACUGGCAGGUGAAGAGGUGCUAGCAGGUUUACAGUCUGGAAAGACGAAGCUUCCCCACCCAGAGGGUUGUCCUUCUAAGAUGUACAAGGUGAUGCAGCGCUGCUGGGCCCCCAGCCCGAAGGACCGCCCGUCUUUCAGUGAGAUCGCCAACAUGCUUGGAGAAACCCCAUCCGAAAGCAAAGCCUGAGUGGAGAAAUGCUGAUUUCCCCAUUGCCGGGAGUAGCGGGGAUGGGUUCAAAACCUUGUUUUUGGUCGUUCGACUGUUACAGACUUUCCAGUUGGGACCUAGGAGUUGAAACCCAACGGGACCAUGGAAUGUUAAAACUGGUGGACAAAGAUAAUGGACAUCUUCUCCUUGACCUGAGAGGCCUCUUCAUCAGGCCCCGUUCCCCUGUGCCUGACCAAGGCUGCAUUUCCUAUAGGUUCUACCUCCGGUGUCCACAGGGCUACUUAGCAACAUCCAAGAGAUCAAAAGGGGGACGCUGGGAGCCACUGCCACCCCCAUCGGCCAACUUCAUAACGAGUGCCUGUGGCAAGAUUUUGGGACUUCUCUGUCUUGGCACAUCUUCUUCGCUAUCUUUUUCUUGGAUCAUCGUCACAAUAAAAGCACAGGCAGGCUGCUCCUAGGAGCAACUUUUACGUUGGGGGAGGGGGCACCCAGUUGAGAAGGGGCUACUUGUGUCCUUUUGACUGGGGGGGGGGUUGUGGAAGUGAUCUCUACAAUGAGACCCAAAUAAGUUGUGCAAGUCUCCCAGUGUGUCGCCUCUCCCAAGGGAGACGGUCGGCUUUCAUAUCUGUAUCUCCACCUCUGUAGCUGGAUGGAUUUUCCUGUUGUUGUUGUUUAGAUUUACAUAACCGCCCCUUGGUGCUAGGGCACACUCUGGGUAGUUUUCAGCUUAAUUACGCAAACAACAACAGGUUGAAAAAACGAACAUAGCCAUGCAGGUUACUGCAUCCUCUCCUUCCCAAGGAAUGUAGCACAGCAGUAUUUCUGAACCUUCUGACCUUCUCCCCUUGUAGUGGCCAAAUUGGGAUGCUAUGUGUGGCUCCCAGCCCUCAGUGAGGAGCCCCAUCUGAGAAAAGAGGAGUGAGUAGCUUCAUCUAUGGCUAUGGCCCUUUCUCUUUCCUUGAAACAGGCCUCUUCCAUAACAUCUGGUGUCCAUCCUCACUGGAAGGGAGACCUUUUUCCUUAGCACCCCUGCACAAUAUGCUGUUCUCUCCUCUUUUUUUUGAGGAACCUGUAUAUUUAUUAAGCAGUUCUUUUUGUCUCUCAGUCAGGCUAUCUGGCACCUCCCUACAUAUCAAAAAGAAAAAGAAAAAGGAGCAACAAACACUAAGUGCCUGACAUAUGAAGGAGAUUUUUCACUAGCUUUUUUGACUAUCCAGUGUCGCCUUUUUUAUAUCAUUAUUUGGGUCAAUGUUUGUUUUUCCUUUCUUACUUAAAAAAAAUAUGUUGACACCUCUCUGCCUUAGCAAAAAAUGUUUUAUAUAUUAUUACUGGAAUUGCAGCCUAGAGUCAUUUUAGUUUCUGUUUGCUUGAGCGGAGGGGUAGAACAGCCAAGAGGUGUUGUUGUUUUUUUUAAAUGCUGCUCUCAAUAAAGAGUCCCUCUCUUUUUUUCA